AGUAUAAUCGUACUAAUUUGUACUUGUCGUUUCAUGGGUCCUCCGCAAAUGUGAUUUAGCUCAAGAAAUCAAUCGAGAAUUAGCAAUGGUUAGGAAUUGUUAAACUUCCUACUUCUCUGAUUUCUCAGUCUUCCCUUUACACUGUGAUUUGCUAUUUCUUGAGAAAGAAUUCAAGAAUCUGAAAUGGAGGAAGUAGAAAAUGAGGUAAAGACAGAAAAGGUAAUGGAAGGGGUGGCGUCAAUAGCCCUUUUACCCAAUGGGUCCAUUUCUGGCCAUUUUAUUCAGCUUCCCAAUUCCAUCUGCUAUGGCCUCCAUGGCACUGAGCUUGACUGUGAAAGGGAAUGCAGCAGGGGUGAGGAUUACCGCUUGAUAAAGCUUACAGUAACAGACUACAAUAGUAAGAAAGAAAGGAAUGUGGUGGUAGAGUGCAGAGGACAUGAUGCUGCGAAGAUAAGUAAAAUUGAACAUGCUCAUGGGUGGCAGAAGGAUGUUGUGGGUAUGCUUGAAGAGAAGCGUGAAAACGACCAGGUCUCAGUUUCUUUUGAAUGUGAGACACUGAAAGCCGAUAAAGCAGCCGAGGAACAUAUCCGGAAGUUCAUGCCUAAGUUAGUUGGGAUGGACGCUGUUGUUAACAUUGGCCCAAUGAGCAUCACCGGGGUGGACUUUGAAGCAGAGGCUGAACAGGAGCACAAUCAGCAGAAUACGUGAUGUUGAUGCUGCCCUACUCGUCUAAAAGUUAUCGAUGUACACCCUACUCGUCUAAAAGUUAUCGAUGGUUCUGUACACUCGUCCAAGACUAUAUACUGCAUACUUGUGGGCUCGAUUGCAGCGUAGCCACAUUUCGAUUCAGUAGCUCCCAUAUUAAUAUUACUAUUGGCGUGUCUGGUUGUUCACUUUGUCGUGUUCAGUAUUUUAUGUCAAAACAUGUCUUCAAAUUUGCUAGAGUAACACAAAUGAUGACUUUUGGUGCA